CGCUGCCAGACAGAUCCGCGGGACGAUGGACGCGAUCGUGGCCGCGCUCGUCAUGAGCGAGCACCCGGACGACGUCAAGGUGCAGUACCUGGACCACAUCCUCUUGAAGGGCGCGCUCACGCAGGAGCAAGAGGCAGCGGUGGCAGACGUGCUCUGGGCGGCGUGGCCGGCGGCGCCCGCGCAGCAUGGCCUGCGCCAGCUCCGCGGUCAGUUCCUCGUCGCCUUUCGCCGGUACGUCAACAGCCCCUCUUCCAACGACGACGACGAUGGCGCUUGCUUUGCCUGGAUGCGCACCGAGACGCGGCUCGACGAGUGGCGCAGCGCGAUCAAGGUGCUCCUGCUCUUCAUUGUGUUUCGGACGCCAGCGGACGCUGGCCGCCUCCACCGCAUCUUCCAAGAGUGCCCCGCGCCAGCGUUCGGCCGCGAUUUACCGCUCUCAGCCUUGUGCCUUAAGCCACCGCAGCUUGCCGAGAUGCUUAUCAAGGCGGGGCGCAUCCCGCUGCUCGGUUUCGCCGGCGACUGGCUCCGCGAGCUCCUUCUCUGCGUCGUCGUCAGUGAAGCGUGGGCCGUGCUGCUCAAGGGCGGCAUCGACGUGCUCUUAACCGCUGCCGAGCAGCUCAACGAUCCAUGCACCGCAGAUGGCAGCCUCGUCGUGCUCGAGACCAUCUUUCUCGGCUACCAAGAGAACGCCGACGUCUUCCUCACCUGCUAUUCCCACUUUUACGAUCGCAUUGCGCGCUGGCCGAGCGCAUCUCCAGCAUUUGACGCUACAACGCUUGUGCAUCUCCAAAAGCUAUUGCACGGGCUCUUGUUUGCCUUCCCGGGACACCCGCUCUUGCAAGCGCCACUGCGGACGCUCAUGGCACAGCUGCCGCCGCUGCCAGCCGAGUUUGUCGUCGAGACGUACGUCGACGCACUUCGGUGGACCAACUGCGCGCCGGCGGCCGCGUCUCCAUUUUUUGCCGCCGAAGCGACGCCGGGUGCGCCGACUACGAGCGCGCCUGCGCGUCAGCACUCGGAUGCGAUUGGGCUCAAGAACAUUGGCAACUCGUGCUAUAUGAACGCGGUGCUGCAGGGUUUCUUCUGGACGCCGGCGAUGCGCCGACUCUUUGCCACGCGAACGAACGCGAAACCAGGUGUCGUGGCAGAGUUCUGUGCGCUCCUCGGGCGCAUGCAAUCAAGCGGCAGCAGCUGGCUCGACGCGCGUACUAUGGAGCGGUUUCGAAGCGUGCUUCUCCCCGAGUACCAGACGACACGGCAGCAGGACGCCGCCGAGUUUCUGCACUACCUCCUCGACGCCCUCGAAAGCGACAAGACCGUCGCGCUCCACGAGGUUUUCCAAGGGUCGACGAUGCGCACGAUUACAUGUGACGCCUGCAAAACUGCCUCGUCCGCCAAAGAGGCGUUCACAGACCUCCAUAUCCCCGUGGGAGCGUCAGUAGCAUCGACGCCGGUUCUGGCCGACCUCGUCCGCGCGCAGUUUGCUCCGGAGGAGCUCUCGGCGCGGCUCGAGAAUGCCUACUUUUGCGACGUUUGCCAAUGCCGCGGCGACGCAACCAAGCUUGUCUCUGUCGAGCGCGCACCGACACACCUCCUUGUGUCGAUCAACCGGUUCGAGUACAACCGACUGUGCGGCGCACGUGAAAAAGUGUGCACAGCGGUCGACUGCCGAGACCACGUCAUUUUGCCGACCGCCCACGGCGACGUACCGUACGAUCUGUAUGCAGCCAUCGUCCACGCCGGCACGCGGGCCGACCACGGCCACUACUACACUUAUGCACGCCACUUGCCCGACUCGGACUGGCACUUGCUCAACGAUAGCCACGUCGCCCGCGUCGACGACGCUAUGGUCGAGAGCGCACUCGCCCAUGCGACCACGGACACACCGUACGUGCUCUUUUACAAACGGCGCGAGACAGCGUCCAAGAAGGCCAAGAUCUCUGCAACAAAUGGCGCGGAUGCACUGCUUUAA